AUGAAUAAAUGGCAUGUUGAAUGCAUAGUUGAUGAUGAUGAACACAAACGGUUUUGGUGUGGAACAACUCCAGAUGUGGACAAAGACUCUUUAACUGGAUAUUGUCCAGUAAAAGAUGAAAAAGAUGACUUUUUCUGGAUCAAAAAUCACUGGACAGGAGAUCUCUACCAGAUCAAUUCCCAGUCAGCUCUAACAUGGGAUCAAUUUUCAGUCAACCUCCUGUCCUCCAAAUUCGCUUUUGGCAACUGCUAUGAGACAGUAAUGGUAACGCNCAUCAACGAACUAUAUGAACAAGCAUAUUUGACAGGAUUAACAAAUAAUUUUGAAGCCAACUACUGGAUUGGUUUGAAUAAUCCAGAUUUUGACAGUGGAUGGCAGUGGACUAGUAAUCAACCUUUAAGAUAUUUAAACUGGGCUCCAGGUAGCCCCUCUUCUGAAACAGGGAAAAACUGUGGAUUGAUGCAGGGUAGACAUGGUAAAUGGGCAAAUAAUCGGUGUGAACUGAAGCAUGGCUACAUCUGUAAAAGAACGAACUCUUCAAUACAGGCAUCUUCACCUUCUUCAGAGGAUCUUAAGCCAAUUAAAUGUCCAAAUAACUGGGUUGGAUAUGCAAAGCAUUGUUACCGUCUGAACAGAGAUCGCAAAACGUGGAAGGAUGCUUCAGUCUCCUGCCAAAAGGAUGGUGGACAUUUAAUAAGUAUACAUGACAUUGAGGAAUACAGCUUUGUUUUUUCUCAGCUUGGCUAUGAACCAACAGAUAAUUUGUGGAUAGGCCUAAAUGACCAGAAGACUUCUUCAUAUUUUGAGUGGAGUGAUGGUACUACAGUGAGAUUCAUCAAAUGGCAGAAAGGAGAACCCACACUUAUAAGCAAUGUGCAGGAAGACUGUGUCAUCAUGACUGGGAAGAAUGGAUAUUGGGCAGAUCAUUUCUGUGAAGAGGAAUUAGGAUACAUAUGUAAAAAAGAGCCUUCAGAAUUUCUUCCUGGAACAGAUGAAGUUGCUGAUCCAAAAUGCCAGAAAGGCUGGAAAAGGUAUGGUUUCUAUUGUUACUUAAUUGGAGGGACACCUGGAACAUUUUCAGAAGCAAAGACAUCUUGUGAAACAAACCAAGGAUUUCUGACCUCUGUGGAGAAUAGAUUUGAGCAGGCCUUCCUGACCAGCCAAAUUGGACACCAUCCUGAAACAUAUUUCUGGAUCGGCCUUUCAGAUGUAGCAAAUCCAGGGACUUUCAACUGGACCAAUGGAGACCCGGUUCAGUUCACUCACUGGAAUGCAAAAAUGCCUGGCCAAAAUCUUGGCUGCGUUGCCAUGAGAACGGGAGAUGCUGCUGGACUGUGGGAUGUUGUCAAUUGUGAGGAGAAGGCCGCCUUCCUUUGCAAGCAAUUGGCUGAAGGCGUGACGCCUCCUCCAAUCCCGGAACCAACACCCCUUGCCAACUGUCCUGAGGGAUGGAUCGCAAGUCCAACAAGGAAUAUCUGCUUCAAGGCCUAUACAGAGAAGAAAACUGAAAAGAAAACUUGGUUUGAGGCACAUGACUUUUGUAAAUCAAUUGGAGGAGACCUGGCUUCCUUUCAUAAUAAACAAGAGUUUUUAUUAGUAAACAAACUGCUACAAUAUCAAUACAGCUGGGUUGGUUUAAGAAUUGUGGAUUCCAGCCCAGGAUACACUUGGACUGAUGGGUCUCCUGUAAAUUAUGAACCAAACUCACAUUGGUAUUAUUCAGAAAGUGAAAAUAAUGAAAGAUGCAAAUCAAUAUGGGGAAAUACUAGAUAUUGGUCUUCAAAGAGAUGCAGCCUAUUAGGAUAUUGGAUCUGUCAAAUUGCAAGAGAACAUUCUUUUAUAAGAAUUGAAGAUGGCUGGAUUGAAUAUAAAAGCAAUGAGUAUUAUUUCAGUAAUACAAUAAUGCCUGCAGAAAAAGCCAGGAAGUUCUGCAAACAACAUGGUGGCGAUCUUACCACCAUUGAGAGUAAAGAAGAAAAUAUAUUUUUGUGGAAAUAUGUAAGAAAUAUAUGCAAAAAUUACUUUUACAUUGGUUUAACCUUGGGCCUUGACAAAAAGUUCGGAUGGAUGGAUGGAACUCCAGUGACAUAUGAAGCCUGGUCCCCCGGUGAACCCAACUUUGCAAAUGAUGAUGAAAACUGUGUAGUUAUGUAUUCUGAUUCAGGUGUAUGGAAUGAUUUAAACUGUGGUGUUGAGACAACAUUCAUCUGCGAGAGACACAAUAGCUCUGUCCGUACAACUGCAGCGCCCACAUUACCUGCAAUUCCAAAAGGGUGCAGUGAGGGUUGGCUUUGGUUUAAUGACAAGUGCUUCCAAGUAUUUGGCUUCGUAGAAGAGGAGAAGAAAAACUGGAGCGCUGCACGUGAUCACUGCAGAAACCUAGGAGGAAACCUGGCUAGUAUACCAAACAAAGCUGUUCAAGGUACAAUCACUUCUCUAAAUCAUAUGAAUUACAUAAGCUUAACAUUUCUUUUAAAAUCCAGCUCUUACUUUAAUGAUAAGAAUUUUUAUGCCCAAUCUUCUUUCCUAACCUCCAGUAUAUAUAAUCUUUUGCCACUUGGAAAAAGGCGAAAUAUAUUUAUUGAUUCUGGGUACAAAUGGGUAAGUAACAGGAGGCUAGCAUACACUAACUGGGCUGCUGAAGAACCAAGGCAUAACACAGCCUUUGUCUACUUAGAUAUUGAUGGUUAUUGGAAAACAGGAAAUUACAGUGAAAAACACUCCUCUGUUUGUGAGAGAUAUAAUGGGCAAGCUUCUUUGAUCAUCUCAUGUUUCAUAGGUGGUGCCUUAACUUCAAUUAAAGACUCGGAUGAAUUACACUUUUUAAAGGAAGAAAUGGAAAUACUUGGAAGUGAUGCGUUUUGGAUAGGUUUAUACACUAAUCAGCAAGGAGAAUUGAUAUGGCAAGAUAAUAGUAACAUUGCUUUUGUCAACUGGAAUAAACCGAAUGAUCACGGACAAAAUGAUGGAGGAGAGUCCUUAAGUAACAUUUGCAUUUUUGUGAAUAGUAGAUCUGGACUAUGGUUCAAAAGCCACUGUGAUUCUUGGGCAUCAAGAUCAUAUAUUUGUAAAAGAAACAAAAUUAUUGAAGAAUCAGCUGUAAACGCUACAAAAAUAUCAGUGAUGAAAGGAGUGGCACCUCUAUCAACACAUGGCACAGCUGCAGUGGUAGUUAUCUCAAUUAUCCUCAUAGUCAUCAGUAUAGGAAUCGCAGCCUAUAUUUUCUGUAGAAGAAGAAACAGACCACAACAAGUCUCUGCUGGAUUUGACAAUUCUUUGGCCAACAGGAAGCCCUUAGACAGGCAGUGCAGUGCAAGCGAAGACCAGAUAAUAGAUGGCAUGGCAUGA